CAGCAGCUCAUUUCGCCGCUAGUAUCGAAAGCGAACGUGCGCUGGUGCAGUUUCGUCCUUUUUCAAGUGUAUCCAACUUGCUAGGAGAGUUUGCCUGUGUGUGUUUGCAUCCGUGUGUGCAAUUGACCUUAGCGAUUGUGUACCGAAAAGACUACAAUCUAUUUUCGGCAAAUCGUACGAGUGAGCGAGCGUUUGAGAAGUGUCCCCCCACCGGCAUCAUCAAGACAAAGCACAAGAAAUUGGAUAUCGCUAAAGAAAUACCGAAGCGUUUAGAGAGUGCGAGAGAGAUUAAGUUUUAGUUGGAUUCUAUCGUUUUGUUUUGAGCCACCAGGAACGAAAGCAGCAACAGGAUGGGUAAGGAGAAGACUCAUAUUAACAUCGUCGUCAUCGGUCACGUCGACUCCGGCAAGUCGACCACUACCGGCCAUCUGAUCUACAAGUGCGGUGGUAUCGACAAGCGUACGAUCGAGAAGUUCGAGAAGGAAGCGCAGGAGAUGGGCAAGGGCUCGUUCAAGUAUGCCUGGGUGCUGGAUAAGCUGAAGGCAGAGCGUGAGCGUGGUAUCACGAUCGAUAUCGCCCUGUGGAAGUUCGAAACGUCCAAGUAUUACGUGACGAUCAUCGACGCUCCUGGCCAUCGCGAUUUCAUCAAGAACAUGAUCACCGGUACGUCGCAGGCUGACUGUGCCGUGCUGAUUGUUGCCGCCGGUACUGGCGAGUUCGAGGCCGGUAUCUCCAAGAACGGUCAGACGCGCGAACACGCCCUGCUGGCGUUCACACUCGGCGUAAAGCAGCUGAUCGUCGGCGUGAACAAGAUGGACUCGACCGAUCCGCCGUACCAUGAGGCACGUUACGAGGAAAUCAAGAAGGAGGUGUCUUCGUACAUCAAGAAGAUCGGUUACAAUCCGGCUUCGGUUGCGUUCGUGCCGAUCUCGGGCUGGCACGGGGACAACAUGCUCGAACCGUCGGACAAGAUGCCGUGGUUCAAGGGAUGGGCCGUCGAGCGCAAGGAAGGCAAGGCUGAGGGCAAGACGCUCAUCGAAGCCCUGGACAACAUUCUGCCGCCGUCGCGCCCCACCGACAAGCCACUCCGUCUGCCGCUGCAGGACGUCUACAAAAUCGGUGGUAUCGGUACAGUACCGGUCGGUCGUGUUGAAACCGGCGUCCUGAAGCCAGGUAUGGUGGUUGUAUUCGCCCCAGUCAACAUCACCACUGAGGUAAAGUCGGUCGAAAUGCACCACGAGGCACUGUCCGAAGCUCUGCCCGGCGACAACGUUGGCUUCAACGUUAAGAACGUGUCGGUGAAGGAGUUGCGCCGUGGUUAUGUUGCCGGUGACUCCAAGGCUAGUCCGCCAAAGGGUGCUGCCGAUUUCACUGCUCAGGUCAUCGUGCUGAAUCACCCGGGUCAGAUUUGCAAUGGCUACACGCCAGUGCUCGAUUGCCACACCGCUCACAUCGCGUGCAAGUUUGCGGAAAUCAAGGAGAAGUGUGAUCGCCGUUCCGGCAAGGUGACGGAGGAGAAUCCGAAGUCGAUCAAGUCCGGCGAUGCGGCCAUCGUCAACCUGGUGCCAAGCAAGCCGCUGUGCGUCGAAAGCUUCCAGGAGUUCCCGCCGCUCGGCCGUUUUGCCGUGCGUGACAUGCGUCAGACGGUGGCGGUCGGCGUCAUCAAGUCGGUCAACUUUAAGGAGGCGUCGGGUGGUAAAGUAACGAAGGCCGCCGAAAAGGCCCAGAAGAAGAAAUAACUAGAGACACAGCAACAUCCGUCACUAGUCGUAGAAGCAGAGGAAUAUGAGUAUGAGCUAGCAGUACUAACAACAACAGCAGCAGCAGCAGCAGCAGCAGUAGCAGCGAUAAGAAAGGAUAUCCAAUUCUCUACGUUAUUAUUAGAAGAUAAUAAUUAUGAUGAUUAUGAAGAUGAUGCUGAUCGCGUACAUGACGAAGAGGAUGAUGAUGAUGUGAUGGUAACGGCGUGGCUGAAGAAAAAUCAUUCAUUAUUAUUAUUAUUAAAUAAUAAUCUAAGAAUUAAUAUUAACGAUAAACUACCACUUAACCAUGCUUAUACUGAUAAAACUUAUAAUUGUAAUAAUUUAAAACAACACUCAUCUUUGUCAACCUUUGGAAACAGUGCCGUCAGCCAUUUGUCGCGCGAAUUCGGCAAUUCGGUUCCAACCGUUGCCACGCGCACACCAAAAGGCAUUGGCGAAGGCGCAGCGGACAGAGCACCAUCUGCAAUGAGCGUGAAAAGCUCCGGCUUUAGCUCUUCCCUCAAACCAUCACCCGCACUGUCACUAUUUUCAUCGGUAACAAAUUUAUUUUACCACCAUCGUAAAGCAUUUCGGAGGAAAAAUGGCAACGGCUGGAACACGGUCGCAGUAACAACAGGGCUGCAGCAGCAGCCCGUUGACGGGACCGUUUGCAGAAGCUGGCAUGCCGGCUCAAACCGCACCAUCAUGGAAGAUGCCGCCGUUGCCGCCUCGCUUCAGCUCGACACCAUCGCAACCGUCUACGUCCCUGUGCACAGCAUCAUCUUCGUUGUCGUUGCGCUUGCAAUUAGCAACAUGAUCGCCACCGCUACUGUAGUGUUAGUACAGUUUCGAACCAAUCAAUUGGCUUCGUUACGAUCAUGAUGAUAUUUUGAAAAGGCAAGGCGUAAUUAGCAUUACCAUCAGAAAUGAAUAACCGACAAGCGGUUUAGAUUCCACCAUCAAUACAUGAAUCGAUACCUGAGCAUAACAAAAUGGAGCAAAACACAGGAAAACAAAAACAAAAAGACAAAAGUAUGCAAACAUUUUAACCAAAAAGCAGAAGCGGAAACAAACUAAACGCUCCGUCGUAGGGCUGCAACACUGGAAGCAAUUUUAAUUUGUGCAAUGGACGUUUUUUUUAGUAAAGGCUUUCGUCGUUGGUCGUGAUAACAUCGAAGGAGACGCAGUAGAGAACAAGCCAAAAAAGACUCACCAACGAAUGGAGAUUAUGCAGGCAUCAUGAAAUAUGAGCGAAAAUGAACAAGAAAAGACCAUUUACGAUCCUAAAA